GAUCGGCGCAGAUGACAAUAACGAAGAGGUAAGACAAGACGCGCCGCGCGCUAAAUUCCCCCCCGGCUUUCCGCUUCCAUCACCAUCCAACAAUCCUUCUCACAUCACACCCCCCAUCAUUUGUUUCCCUCCAUCUUCCCAUGCAUCUUGCCAAACCCCGUCCCCCAUCCUCCGCAUUCCUUCCUAUGCUUUCGGUGAAGACACGACGAGAUCUGACAUCGGAUGACCAGCUUUCGGAGAACAACGACUUCUGCUCCGCGUGUGGCGGCAGCGGCUUUUUGCUCUGCUGCGACGGCUGCGACCGCUCCUUCCACUUCAGCUGUCUCGAUCCGCCGCUGAGCGAGGAUGCCAGCGAGCUGAACGAGCCCUGGUACUGCUACAUCUGCGUCGCCAAGCGGCCCGUAUUCGACUCGCCCGAGAAGCCGCCACCCGGCCUCUUUUCCGCCCUCUUCAGCACGCUCAAGAAGCGCAAUCCAUCCAACUUCGCCCUUCCGCAGGACAUCCGGGAGUACUUCGAGGGCGUCGCCACCGACAAAAAUGGCCAGUUCGUCGAAGCGGUCAACACGCGCACGAGGAACAAAGUGGGCUACGAGGAACCCCCGGACCUGACCAGGACAAAGGACAGCAAAGGCAACACUAUCCUCUGCUACUCCUGCGGCACCGCCUCCCAUGGCAACCGCCAGAUCAUCCAGUGCGACUACUGUGGCGAAAACUGGCACCUCGACUGCCUCGACCCGCCCCUCGCCAAUCCGCCCGCGCGCAACCUGGAGGGCAGAAAGGUACACGACUGGAUGUGUCCGCUGCACGCCGACCACGAACUCCGCCGUCUCGAUGCCAGUCUGCUGAACCAUCGUGACGCCGGCCGCCGGCGCAAGGUGCAUAUUCGCAAGCCGCGCAACGCCAAGGUUGUGGAGACGGCGCUGCGCCGCGGCGUGCGCAACAACGGCAUUGUCGAAGUCGUGGAUGAUGAGAGUGAGGACAGCGGUUCCGAGUUUUACGAAGAGGAGUCGCAGGACAAUAAGUCGGUGGUUCUGCGCCUGCCCGUGUCAGGCAUCAAGCUCGACUUUAUCGACAAAGUGAAGCAAACACGCGUCCAGCACCUGCGAACCGAGCACGCCUACCGCCGCGCCCAAGUCGCAGCCGCAGCGCCCAAACAACUCGAACAAGCCAACUUCGCCCGCCGCACUUUCAUGGAGAAGCAAAUGGCGCUCAACCUAGCGCAAUUCGCCAACGCCAACAAAGACCUCAAUCUAGGCAGCGACCAAGUGGAGAACCUAGUGGGCACGUUGAUCGCCGAAGCACCCCAACAAGUCGUCGACGAAAUGAUGGCGGCCGAAGAGCAGGAGCGCGCCCGCUCCGCCUCCUCCGCCAUCCCGCCUUCGCCGCCCGCGUCCGAGCAGCCCGAUCAGUUGUCCGCGGCGCAGCGCAAGGAUUUGCAGAUGUUGCAGGAGUUGAUCCGGAGGCGGUUGGAGGGGGCCAAGACUUGAUCUCGCCUUUCCUGCUUGACGGAAUUCGACUCUGGACUCUUCUUUUUUCCCUUCGAUGGGAAGGGAAGUGGCGAGGAGCUAGGUAACGUGAUGGGCUGGAUUCUUCACGGUAUUUGACUACG